AUGUACUCAACAUACAUCAAUUUCAGAGCAUCAAUUGUUGAACGUUUCAAUAGAACUCUGAAAAAACAAAUGUGGGAAAAAUUCACUUAUCAAGGAUCCUACAAGUGGUCAGGAAUUUUAUCGAUUGGUGAUGAAGUUCGAAUUAGUGAAUAUAAAAAUGUUUUUGAGAAAGGAUAUACACCAAACGUUACAACAGAAAUUUUCACAAUCAAGGAAGUAAGAAAUACGGAUCCAGUGACUUAUAAGCUUAUUGAUUAUGAAGAUCAUCCAAUUGAAGGAGGAUUCUAUGAGGAAGAAUUGACAAAAGUGAAAUAUCCUGACAUUUAUUUAAUUGAAAAAGUAGUGAAAAAACGUGGUAAUGAAUUAUAUGUAAAAUGGUUAGGUUUCGAUGACUCGCACAAUAGUUGGAUGAAUGAAUCAGACGUGUAA